AUGGGAGAUAAACGAAAAGACGGUAAACCUCAUCGUCUUUCUAAGAAGGUGAAAGAUGGAAACAAUCGGGAACCUCGAUACAACCACGGUUUGGUCGUUCAAACUCGGCAAGAUAAACCAUUCUUUUCGGAAUGCGAGAGGGAAACAUAUUACAACAAAAGAUCCAAACCAAUCCUUAUCUACAUCACCAACAACAUUCUCAACGAGCAUGGAAUUCCGGAGCAUGAGGCUUUAGAGCCUCGGGAUCAACAAACAACUCAAGAUCAAGAGAGUGAUGCAAAAAAGCUUUUAAUACUUGAUCUCAAUGGAGUUUUGUUGAGUCUUGGGGAUUCCUCGAUGAAAAAGAGUGGAGACAUCAAACUAAGAGACAAACCAGGUGAACAAAACAUUAUCCCGCCCUAUGUUGAUGAUUUCCCGGAGUUUUACUUCGAUAAAUUUACGGUUGGUAUUUGGACGUCGCGAAACAAGUUUCUAGAGUUCCAUGAACUUGUUGUCGAAGUGCCGACAUAUGAGCCGCAAAUCCGUAUGGAUGAUCACCAUAAAAGAAUCUCACAUAAGAUUUCUCGGCUUCGAAAUUAUUUUGAAACCUCGAUAUAG